AUGAAUAUAGAUCCAGCUGUAGAAGAGCUACUUCGAAGUAAUGAGUUUAGUGUAUUGAAGUCAUCGGUACUGGCAUCAAGAAAUGCUGUAGAUAUAGCUACUAGUAUAGUGCAGACAAUGAACAGACAUGCAAAGUCUGAGAGUGGCAUGAUUGGUUUCAGUAGAAACUAUGCUGCAUACUUCUGCUUGUGCUUGACCUGUCAUUACAGAGCCAGAUAUAUUGCGUUUGAAGGUGUAAGAGGUGAUGGCUUCAAAGGUGAUAUUGCUGUUGAUGAUAUUUCAAUAAUACCUACACUGUGUACUUUAGACUUGGUUUCCCUUGACUGCAAUUUUGAAGAUGGACUUUGUAACUGGCAACAGGAGAACUCAGACGAUUUUGACUGGCUACGAGAAUCCGGUGAUACUCCGUCAUCUGAUACUGGGCCAAGUUCUGACCAUACAACUGGAGAUGAUGGUCACUACAUCUACAUAAAGGCAACUGAUCAAGAUAAAGAAGAUAAAGCAGUGAUAAGCAGUCCGGUGCAAAAUUCGGGUCCUUUUUGUCUGACAUUCUGGUACAAUAUGUACGGCACUGAUAUAGGUGCCCUCAACGUGUAUAUGAUAUUAAAUGGUGGUAACAAAUCUCUCCUGUUUGCAAAAAGUAAAAACCAUGGCCACAGUGUUUGGAGGAAAGCAGUAAUAAGUAAUAACGCUACGGAUACAUAUCGGAUUGCGUUUGAAGGUGUAAGAGGUGAUGAUUUCAAAGGUGAUAUUGCUGUUGAUGAUAUUUCAAUUAUACCUACACUGUGUUUUUUAGCUCGUCACAGAAAUGAUUUUACUAACUUGUUUAUUCCAUCUGCCACUCCUCUGUGGAAUUAUUUAGAAUCCAAUGUUACAGUAACACAUUUAUCCUCAGUCAAUAGUUUAAAUCAAAAUUAA